AUGUCAGAUACAAUCGGAUUCAUUGGUGUUGGUCAAAUUGGUGGUAUCGUUGCAAGGUUAGCAAUUAAUGCUGGUUAUAACGUUGUCUUGAGUAAUUCAAGAAGUCCACAUACAUUAUCAGGUAUUGUUUCAUCACUUGGUGAUCAAGCUAAAGCUAGUACACCUGGAAGUAUAGCAAAAGUUGAAAACAUCAAGAUUGUUGUUCUUUCAAUCCCAUUAAAUGCUGUUCCAACUUUAUUACCUUCAUUAGGUUUGAAAAAUAAAAUCAUUUUGGAUACAUCUAAUUAUUAUCCUUUUAGAGAAGGACAUUUAGAAGAGUUAGACUCCAAUAAAUUAACAACAAGUGAAUAUGUCAUGAAAUAUUUGGAUCCAUCAAAUAAAUUGGUCAAAAUUUUCAAUAAUAUCAUUUCAAUUGAAUUAAGUAACUCAUCGACUCAAGAUGAGUCAAAACAAACCAUUUUACCAAUAGCUGGUGAUGAUAUCAAGGCAAAACAAAUCACUAAUGACUUUGCUAAAAAGAUUGGAUAUAAAACUUAUGACGUUGGUCGAUCAUCCCUCAGUUGGAAAUUUGAACCAAAUACACCAUUUUAUGGUCUUGUUUAUUUCCCAAAAGCUCCAAAGGGUUUAACUCAUGAAGAAUUGAAAGCUUUCUUCAAGAAAACACCAGCAAAUCCAUUGACUCAUGAGAAAGCUAAAAAGGUGAUAGAUUCUACUAAAAGACCAACAACAGUUGGUGGUACGCCUCAAAUGUUCCCAAAAGUAUUAUUGGAAGUUAUGAGAGAAAUGUAUAGUCAACAGGCAAAAGAUAAAGCUGCAAAUGCUUCUAAAUUAGUGCUUUAA